AUGCACUUUUUCACGGCUGCCUCAGGCAUUCUGGGACCUCCAUCUAUUUUUAUUGUUAAGAGCCCGAAGUCGGAUGCAAAUGUAUACGUGAAUUGGACGAGGCUACUUGAUAGGCAUAUGUACGGUGGCAUAAAAGUCGAGCCGUCUGACGAAAUUUACGGCUUGACGUACUUAUCUGUUGUGGUUUUUAGCGACCCUGACGGCUACUCGGACCUCUGGACUGCUAGCAAAAGCAACAAAACAUACCAAGAAUAUUACUUGUCACAACUAGAAUACUCCCUUGUUCGUGCUGAUCCGGUUCCGGAUCCCAGCACAGGACUCAUACACCUGGUUUAUCGCUCUGACCCUCGUCGACGCCACAAACUCCUUUCUAAUGGAGGAUUAAUAGAAGUUACAAUUUCAUGCAAAGACACGCUUCAAGAUCUAAAAGCCGGUAUUGCCUUCAAAAGUGAGAUUUCUUUCCACAAUUUGACCAUCCCCCAUCCCACAUCGAAACUUGGGGUUGGCGUCGUACUCUUUUCGAAUCUUAGUCUUACCCCCAGUGGUGAUUUCCAAGAUGCAAAGUCAAUCAUAUCCCUUCCAGGCAAACCAAACGUGCCCUACCAAAUUUCUUCUGCGCGUCUGGAAUCGGAGGAAGAGGGCUUACCGCUACAUUCGAUGCCCCACGAAAUCCUUCUCAAAAGCCCUUCCGAUCGCCGCAGGGCUCUCACUCCCGUCCUAUUUCGCCCCAGCCCAGUGGGCAACCUGGGAGGCGAGGGCAAGGUGGUCCCCGUAACCGUGCUCGCGGGACCUCGCUACCCACUGCGAGGGAGCAAUCAGCGCCGACGGUUAACUCGGUCGAUUGGCAAGGCUCUUUACGGGGAGGAGUUUGAACAGAACUUCCAAAAGACUAAAAAAGGCCCCCUGAAAAAGUAUCCGGUUGGCAUGCGGUUGCAGCACUUUGCUUUUUCUGCCCGAGGUCAGCAGGCCGCUGCGCAUAUCUCAUGGUGA